AUGCUGACGCGGUGUGCUGCGGAGGUGCCCCGCGCUCUUCGCUUGCACAUGCCUCCCCGUGAGGCCGAUCUGCCCGUAUUGGCCAGCGUGGCGGCCGUGGUGGACCCUCUUGGCGAGACCACGACGGCGUUCGUGCACCUGGUGCAUCUGCUUCACGCGAGCUUGAACGUAGAGGUUUGCAUCGCCAUGAACCCGCGGGAGACGUACGACGACUACCCGUUGAAGAAGUGGCAGCGGCACGUGUUCUCCUCUGGCUCUGCGAAGUUUCCAGGGCCGGAUCGGGAUGAGCUGUCCGCGGUAUUCUCCCGCCUGCAGACUCACCACACCCUCACUCUGGCCAUGGUAUGCCCCGCGUCGUGGCUGGUCACGGCGCACAAGUCGGAGCACGACCUUGACAACAUACGCGCAGGCGAUGCGACCAGGCUCGGUGGGCCAGGCUCGCAACCGACGGUCGCCGCGGAGUUCCUGCUCUCGAGGCUCUACGUGGAGGGCUCGGCGCACGUCCGCGACUCCGGCAAGCCGGCCACCGGGCUGCAGCUGGAGCUGCAGCCGACCCUGGCGGGGCCCGCGGGCGGGCAUGGCGGGGCGGCAGGUGGCUGCGGGGGAGCCGACACGCGGGUCAUGCAGAAUCACGGGUUCUGGUCGAUGCCAAUCUGUCCCGGUGCUUUUGUGCCGUCAUUGAUGCCUGGCGCCAGCAACGACACCUUCGUGCUCGGCUCUGUGAUCCCCAUCGAGGUCAGCUCCUUCGCGGUGCCGCGCCUGCCGCUCCAGGUCGCGGUGCGACCCGGCCGCCAGGACCAGAGGCCGACCUGGAGCGCAAGACGCUGGGCGCCGGGGCGCGCAGGCGGGCACGGUGGCGCCGCAGGCGGGCCGCCCCGCAGGCCGCGGCCGCAGGCCCCGACGCGGGCCUGCCGACCAUCCACGUCUUCUCCCUGGCCAGCGGGCACCUCUACGAGCGCCUGCUCUCCGUCAUGGUGCUGUCGGUGCGGAACCACACGCGGCACCCGCUGCACUUCUGGAUCGUGGGCGACUUCCUGUCCCCGAGGUUCUUAG